AGCGUGCGGACUCUGAUCUGUGUGCCGUCCGGAGCAGGAUGCUUUUCCCCAGCAAUGGGCAGGAGUCAUCUCGUGCUCUACCCGAUGUCACUGAGCUGGGCCUGGGCCUGCAGUCCCUCAGCUUAUCUGGUUGGGAGAGGCCAUGGAGCAGCCAUGACUCGGAGUCAUCAGCCCCAAGCAGCAACCCCUCAAUGCUUGGGAUGUUGGGAAGCCCUCUGGGCCAACUUCUGAACAAACCUCAGGGCUUAAUUACAAAUGAGCCCAAUACAGGCACUUCAGACUUCCUAGAGAAGUUUCCAGCCUUGGCACGUUUGAACUCCCGUUCACUGCUGGGUUCCCAUUCCAGCAGCCCUGUGGACUCUGAGACUAGUGGCUUUAGCUCUGGCUCUGAUCAUCUUUCUGAUCUGCUGUCCUCUUUGAGGAUCUCCCCCUCUAUGCCCUUCAUGCCCAGCAUGCCGAAAGAUCCAUUGAAGCUUGGUCUCGGCUCCCGUCUGGACCAUGACAGUUCUCCCUUGACCCCUCCACCCAGUGCUCCCCCAGGCAACAGUGUGUCCCGCCGCUGGCCUGGAGCCUCAGUCUGGCCCAACUGGGACCUGCUUGAGACCCCAGAUGGCCCGUUCAGCAUUGAGCGGGAGGCUCGCCUUCACAGACAAGCUGCAGCAAUUAAUGAAGCCACCUUCACAUGGAGUGGCCAGCUUCCAUCCAGAAACUACAAAAACCCUGUUUACUCCUGCAAGGUCUUUCUUGGAGGAGUUCCUUGGGACAUUACUGAGGCUGGCUUGAUAAACACAUUUAACUGUUAUGGCCCACUGAGUGUGGAGUGGCCUGGUAAGGAUGGCAAGCAUCCUCGCUGCCCUCCCAAAGGUAAUAUGCCCAAAGGUUAUGUGUACCUGGUGUUUGAGUCAGAGAAGUCUGUGCGUGCACUGCUUCAGGCCUGCACUCAGGAUCUGCUUCAUCCAGAGGGCUACAGCGAGUAUUAUUUCAAAAUGUCCAGCAGGAGGAUGCGCUGUAAGGAUGUGCAGGUGAUCCCAUGGGUGAUCUCGGACAGUAACUAUGUUCGCUGCCCUUCUCAGAGACUAGACCCCAGUAACACUGUGUUUGUAGGAGCUCUGCAUGGUAUGCUCAAUGCUGAGGCUCUGGCCAGCAUUAUGAAUGACCUGUUUGGAGGAGUCAUGUAUGCUGGGAUCGACACGGACAAGCACAAGUACCCGAUUGGGUCUGGUCGUGUAACCUUUAACAACCAGCGCAGUUACCUGAAGGCUGUUAGUGCUGCAUUUGUUGAAAUCAAGACACCCAAAUUUACAAAAAAGGUUCAGAUUGACCCAUAUCUGGAGGAUUCCAUGUGUCAGGUGUGCAGCCGUCAACCUGGACCUUUUUUCUGCAGAGACCAGGCCUGCUUCAAGUACUAUUGUCGCUCAUGCUGGCAUUGGCAGCAUUCCAUGGAUAUCUUGAGCAACCACCGCCCUCUAAUGCGCAACCAGAAGAAUAGGGACUCCAGCUAAAGGCCUUGCUUAAGAUGGCAACGUCGUGCUCUUGCCUGGACCGCCACCAUGCCUCUGGACCAGCUUCAGCGCCAGGCCUCCGGCAGGCAUCCACAACGGUGUGGGUUUGCGCAAGUGCUGUAGAAAGUUCACUUUGGCACUUUUUUUUUUUUUGGCUUGUUCACUUUGGCACUUUGCACAGUGAUGAUAUGGGUUUGCAAGGGCCCCCACACAUUUGGAAAAUCUCCCUGGAUUUUUGGGGUGAGAAGAAUAAGGCCAUGGUUCAGAAGGAAAGUUGCUUUUUUCCUCUUUUUUUUUUUUUUUUUUUUUUUCCCCCCCCUUCUUCUUUCCCCAUUUUCCUUCUUCAUGAACAGUCAUAUAAGUUUCUUUAACUAACCGAAGCCAUACAGUGCCUUUAAAUUCAUUUCUCCUCUUUAGCUGCUUUUCCCAUUGCAGUUAGCUAGGAUUUUUUUACUUUAGAAAUGCAGAUACAUAAAGUCCAAUUUUCAUCUUCCAGACAUUUUACGCAGUUAUUUUUACUAAUAUUUUUUACAUAAAACGGUUUUAAGUCAAGACAAAGAAGAUUGAACAGAAAUCUACCUAUUGGCUUUUUAAUUUUGCUCAGUUUUCUUUUUUUUUUUUCCCUUUCUCCACAACUUUUCUGGAGAGUUUUCUCCCUUGUCCAAAUUUACGUUCAGUGGAACAAGGGAUUUGGGUGUAAUGUUAUCACCAACCCAGAUAAUUUUUAGUGCAUGCCAUCCAGAGGCAUUGCUUUUACUGGGUUGCAUCAAGUUUUUGGAUCAACUCAAUCAGAAAUGUGAAUGGCCAUAGAUUGCACAUAGUUUUAUUGUUGCACUUUUUAAUUUGCACUUUGGAAAGGGGUAGGUUUUUAAUCACUUUUUGAACAUCAGCAGGUAUUGCUAUGGGCAUGACCUCAGAUUACAAACAGCUGCUUGUUGAAUGUAAAACUCUAAACUUCACUUGAAUGUACCAUUGGCGCCUUAGUAGACCAAAUGCAGAUGUCACUUUAUUUCCAGCUCUGGAAUAUCAAAAUAUCAAAGGUUUUGUUCAGAACAUGGACUGUCACUUCUCCAUUUACUCCUUGCUGAUCCUCUUCAGCCCUGAUGCUUUGUCUUUUUAUUCUACCUCAUUGUGGUCUGCUGAGUUUGAGUACUUACAGCUGUGUGAAGUUGUUUUUUUGAUUGGGCACAAUAAAGGUGUUUAAGCAUUCAUAUUGCUUUAGGUUUUUUUUAUUCCUAUUAUCAUUAAAGUGAAAGUGUGUAUAUGGCUUUAAAAAAUAAUGGCUAGGAAACAAAGGUUUUUGGGAUUGGUUGAACUUUUCCUGAUGUCCACUAGGUGGUGCUGCCUUUUCAUCCUGUGAUAAUGCACUUAAGAUUUCUGUUUUGGGAAAAUUAUAAGGACUGAUUUAAACAAGUAGCUAGAUGUGCCAGUUUUCUACAACUUUCAAUUAUUGUAGAUUAAUGGUUAUUCAGCCAUAUUGAGCAGUGUAUGUGACUGGAAGAGAAAAUGCUCUCCAAGAAAACAUUCUAAACUGUCAAUGCUGGAAAAAAUUUAUUUUUGUUGAAACUAAAUGUUGGAUUCAAUCCACACAAGAACUUAAGGUGUAGGUGCUAAUUUCACAGGUAAAAUACAAAACCCUAAAAAAAAUAUUUGCUGACUUGUACAAUUGUUCUUUGUUCGUUUCAUGAUGACAUGGUUAUCAAUGCAGAUCCUAAAGGAUCAGCUGUGGCAAUUGGACAAAGUUGUGCCCAGAUGGUCUGUGUGGGUUGGCAUACCAAUAUGUGGGAUUUCUGGAAAGAAUAUUUUGGUUACUUCUAGAAGGCUUGCCGAACCUGGUAGUGGUUAGUGUGUACAUGUAACCCCCCCCCCCCCAAAACACCUAUCGCCUUCAACACUCGACCAGAAAUGGCAUUUUACAGGAAGAUUGUGAAGAGGCACCGGUAUAUUGGGCUGAAAUGUUGCCUAGCGGUUGAGUUGGUUAUGAGUCAUCAGCAUGAAGGGUGUUGUGCCAUGGUUUAUGUAAGUGCUCUAUAAUUCUUUUCAUUCCUCUUUACCCAGCCCACCUCUAGAUCUGGAAUAGCUAGAUCCCCAAAUACCACAUGAAUGUCCUUCCCAUGCUGCUGUAUCAUCCAUGAGGGAUAUAUGGAGGCAGCCAAAGCCACUGUUCAACUCGAGAAUGGAGUCUGUUACUUCAAGAUCAUCUCAUUAUCAAACUUCAGUGGACAUCUAUGAAGGGGAACUAGUCACUUUCUGGCAUGUGUUGUGCAUCUACAAAGAUAAUGUGCAUCUAAGGGCCUGUUUACACCUGGUCACUUCAUGUGUUCUCUGGUUGGAUAGCUAUCUGAUUUGUUAAAAAGGUUCCAUUUACACUUUGCCACAAUGUGUUUCAGCUAAACAGCUAUAAACUAGAUCUUCUAUUCCUGCACAAAAUACAAAUACACUUUCACUGAACUAAAA